UGUAUUUGUACACCUUGUAACUUGUAUUUGUACACAACGUGUACGUCUAUAUAUAUUGAGAGCCGAACCCCAGCUAGGGGUGUCGAGCAGUUCCCAACACAUUGUCUUACAUGGUAUCAGAUUAGGUCACGAUAUGUCUUCCGCUGCCCCUACUUCCGCCGUCGCCGCGCGGGAUCCCGCCGCCGUCGCUCCUCCGCCGGCCUCUGCUCCCUCCUCGCCGUUCCUCGCAUCACGGCCUCUUGCGCCUCCCGCCUGGUGGCACGCCCGGUCUCCAGGGGCUGCGCCUCCGCAGCCCGCUCCGAUCGGCUCCUCCUCGUCCGCUCCUGCCGCCGCCGUCGCGGGGAAGGGCGAUCUGCCGCCGCCGGUCUCCGAUGGUGGUCCCACUGCUUCGACCGAUGCGGCCGCGCCUCCGCCAUCUGGUGGUUCCGCGCCGCCGCCCUACGGUGGCUCCGCACCGCCACCCUACGGUGGUUCUGCGCCGCCGCCCCACGGUGCUUAUGCGCCGCCGCCUUACGGCGGCUACUAUGGCGCUCCGACUGCACCGAUCUACGGUGCCCCGCUUGCGUCGGCUCACGGCGCCCCUGCGCCGUCCUACGGCGGUCCUCCGCUCUCUCCUUCGGCUUGGUCGGUGCCACCAUACGGUGCCCCGCCCUUGUCGUCCUACGGUGUUCCGCCUCAACCGACCUACGGCACCGCCCCGCCUCCGUCCGCCUACGGGGGCCCGUCCGCUGCUCCCCAAGGCGGGUAUCCGUCAUCGCCUUACGACGGCGCUCCGCACGCCUAUGGGCCUCCCUCGACGCAUGCCCCUGCACCGUCUAUGGGGACGGCCCCGCCGAUGAGCUUCUACCCUCCACCGCCGACGGCCCCGGUUGAUCACGCAUCUGCGCCGGCGCCGUUCUACUUUUCGCAUCUUGUGCCGGUGAAGCUCACGCCGGACAAUUAUCUGGCUUGGCGUGCUCAGAUUCUCCCGCUCCUCCGCAGUCGCUACUUGGAGGGCUAUGUCGAUGGGUCGCUGCCUUGCCCGCCUGUGUACCACCCAUCGUACCACGCCUGGGUGGCCCAGGAUCAGGCUAUCCUCUCGGGCAUCCAGUCCUCGCUCAUGCCGAGCGUGUCGUCGCUGGUUGUUUUUGCCGCUACAUCUCGUGAGGCUUGGGCGGCGCUCUACACCAGCUUCGCCUCCCAGUCUCAGGCCCGGGCUCAUGCCAUCCGCACCGAGCUGAGUGAGACCAAGCUCCGCGACCUCAGCAUCACGGACUACUUCAACAAGAUGUCCAGCCUCUCCGACACGUUGGCCUCCAUUGGCCAGCCCCUUCGCCCUGAGGAAUUCACCACUCAUGUCCUGAACGGCCUGGACGACGACUAUGACAACCUCGUGGAGAACGUCAAUGGUCGUGACACCCCGCUUCAGCCUCGAGAGCUCUACUCACGCCUCCUCGGUCGCGAACAGCGUGUCAAGGCCAAGCAUGCCUCUCCGCACUUCUCCUCCGCCAACGCUGUGACUCGCGGAAAAACUACCAAGGCGCCACCGUCCGGUGGCAAGACGGCGUCCGCCCCCCAGUCGGGGUCGCGCCCUGCUGCGCCUCCCACCACGGGGGCAAUCGUCCGCGAGCCUGCUGCCCCUCGUGUGGGGCACAGCAGGCGUGUCAGCUGUGUGGUCUUGAGGGGCAUAUUGCCUCCCGCUGUCAUCGACGCUUCAAGCAGGAUUUCCUCGGGAUUGGCAACAACGGCAAGGGCAAUGAUAAGCAGGCUGCUGCAGCGGUGUCUGGCGACGAGCAUGGGUAUACACCCUCAUAUCCUAUCGACCCUGCGUGGUACUGCGACACGGCAGCCACCAAUCAUCUGACAAGUGAAACUGCCAAGCUGUCCGUCCAGGAGCCCUACCGUGGUCAUGAUCAGGUUCGCACCGCCAAUGGAGCAGGAUCGGGACACGAGGGACGUGCUGCUUAGAGGCCGACUCCGCCACGGCCUAUAUGCGCUUGAUGCGCCCCAUGUGCUCACUUCGCCGCCUACUCCCUAGGUGUUCAGUGGCGUUCGCGUGUCGUCUUCGCAUUGGCAUGCGCGUCUUGGUCACCCUGCUGCCCCUAUAGUUCGGCAUGUUCUUCAUCGCCAUGAACUUCCAGUUGUGUCUAAUAAAAUAGCUGCCACCGUCUGUGAUGCCUGUCAGCAAGGCAAGAGUCAUCAGCUUCCGUUUUCAGAGUCGAGUCGUGUAGUGAAACAGCCUCUUGAGCUUGUGUUUUCUGAUGUAUGGGGGCCUGCCCAAACGUCUGUCAGUGGUCACAAUUAUUAUGUCAGUUUUA